AUGGAACAAGCGAUUGUUCACGACCACAACGACACUAAAGAGAUGCAGGAGGCUAAAAAAUGGGAAAAGGCCAGGCGUGGAAAAAUUACUACACAGAUCAAGACCCGCUCAAAGGUGCAGGGGAAGGAAUCUGUCCGUCCAACUGUCAUCAACAGUGAUCUUAUCUCAGAGUAUUACAGAGAUUAUAACAGAGAAAACAAGAUCUUUAACAAAGAUGAUACUCCUUUGUGGGAGUUCACUCAUCUCGCUCUUUCUUAUAGGAACAUUAUUGAUAUAGACAAUCUUAAGGGUAUGGAGAAGCUCAGGAAGUUGCAGUUAGAUAACAAUAUUAUCUACAAAAUCCAGAACUUAGACCAUCUGAUCAACCUUGAGUGGCUAGAUUUAUCGUUCAAUCAGAUUGAGAAGAUCGAGGGGCUAGGAACCUUGACUAAACUGACCGACCUGUCUCUAUACAACAAUCAUAUUGAAGAAGUUGGAGGUCUUGGCAAACUUCUUGAACUCAACGUACUUUCUCUUGGACAGAACAGGAUCAAGAGCUACGAAAAUGUUAUCACUUACCUUCGAGAAAUUCCAAAUAAACUGGAAGUCCUGACUCUAGAAGGCAACCCCUGUAUUAAGAAAGAAAAUAAGGAAGAGUACCAGCUUUAUGCAUAUGCUUAUUUAGAGAAACUUCAGUACCUAGACUACCAUAUUGUCAAGCAAGAGAUCAGGAAUGCUGCUCUUGAAAAACACAGAGAGGAUAUUGACGAACGUGACAACCAAAAAGAAGCUGACAAGAACGUCGUGACUACCCCUUCCUUGAUGUCUAAGGAGCGUAGGGCUCAACUCAUUGAGGCCCACGUCUUGAUUGCCAAUGACAUCUUCAAGCGUAACUUGGCAGAGGAUGAAGUCAUGCAGAAGUUCACAAUUCUACCCAACUACCAAGACAUCAUGCAGCAGAUCGAUGAUGAAGUCAGAGAUAAAAUCGAAGAAUUCAUUAACGACAUCCUAAAAAGUCAUCAAGAGAAGAAGGAUAAGAUCGCCUACUGGACAGAGAUCCUUAAGGAAGGAGAGACCAAGGCUGAGCUCAAGUCUAUUGGUCUUAUCAAUGAGUUUAAGACAAGACAGAACGAGCAGCUAAAACAGAUUAAUUUAAAAGAUCCAACGGAUAAGGAACUCCAAGAGUAUAAGGACUGGACACAUACUAAUCUUGCUGAGCUAGAAGACAAACUCAUGCUUGUUGAAAUGAAGCUAGUCGAAUCUCUUGGGCUAGCCAAUACUGAGUUUAGCAAAGAUGUUGAGAACAUUAAUAAUGAGAUGACAACCAAGAUUACCAAGUUCACUGAUGGCGUGCAGGACUUGAUCAAUCAGUUCCAAACAGACCUGAAGGACCACGCCUAUAAGCUCAAUGAAGAGGUGACCAAGGAAGAGGAUACACCUACUUAUCAGGAUAUCGGAGAUGAUGCUGAUCUUCUCCAGCUUAUUUAUGACAAGGAUAUCCUCGCUCAGUUCUUUGAGCAAUGCAAGGAGAAUCAAGAGAACAAGAUGAGUGAGAAGAACAAUGUUAUGAGGAGUGAUAUUAAUAAUGACUGGAAGAACAUCAAGGAGAAGCUGACUGAAAAUCAGCAUGAUAGGAACAGAAAUAUCAUCCUAGAGAUCAUUGACUUCUGUAAGGAUAAGAAGAAGGAUGUGGAAGAUCUACUCGAGCAAUACGGCUUUGGAAUGGACGAGUAAGGACUAAAGUAGGCAAAGAAGAGGGUUUGAAACAAAUCUGUCUUAUUUUGAAUAA